UAGCAAAUAAACUCGCUUAUUAAUGCGGGGAGUGGAAUAACAACCAAUCUGUGGUUGAAUGUAAAAAUUUAAAACAUAGUUUGUGGCAUACGUAUUCAAUAUGAAUAAUGUAGUCACAGUAGUUGGAGUUGCAAUCACAUCAACAGCAAAAAAAAACUUAAGUUUUCCUUUGUUGUGAUGAUCUGUGAUGUGAAAUUAUUUGUAUACAUAAAAUAACUACGUACAUUUGCAUAUAUUAUUUAGUGAGGCCUUGGAAUCAGUACAAAAACACGUAAUAAUUAUGUGGUAAUUACAAAUUUUGUUUCUUAAUUAUUUUAAAAAUAUUUCCUUCCUUAUUAAAAUGGUCACUUUUAUGGGUGAUUCAAACGAAAAUGAAAAUAAUUCAACUAGUUCAAUUAAGUUACAAAAUUUCCAAAAUAACAAUACAACAAUAGCCAAAAGUUUGGAUACUUUAAGUGUACAAAGUGAUGAUUCAAUAAGUUCUACAGAUAGUGAAAAUCUGACUGCUGAUGGUGUAUUAAUAUCACCAUCCCGGUUAGCUGUUCCAGAAAAUGGUUUAAAUAUUGUCAAUUCAAGUCAUGUGCGUGUGGGCGAUGAAGUGCAUAAUAAUUAUUUAGGACCAAUUACAGUUAAUAAACAGUUAACAAUUAGAGAUCUUGAAGUAAAUAGUGAUCAAAGACCACAUAAAUAUGCAAUUAAUGGUAAUAUUGAAAGUGAUAACUGUGAUAAUAGUUUAGGUAAUAUAAAUCCAUCAUUUACUCCAGAAAAUAAUUGUGAUACUCAAAUUAAGACUGCAAAAUUGGAUGAUGGACUUUUUAUUAUUACAAAUAAGAAUAUUGAAAAUUGUAACAUAAAUACUCUUUUAGGAGAAAAGAAUCCCCGGUCGCAACGAAAAUUAUUAAUUGCAUUAUUAUUGGUGUUAAUAUGCAGUAUCAUUGGACUUAUUAUAUUUUUCUAUACCAAAACUAGUGGUACUAGUAGCAAAUCGCCUGGACCAAUACCAAGGCCAUAUAAUAAUGAGUCCGCUAUCACUGUUUCAAAUAACACUGGCACUAAAGAUUACACUAAUUGGAAUUAUUAUAGAAAAUUCGAACCAAAUUUUCAAGGCGUAUUUUCACAACCGGGGCAGAAGAUAAACGGUGUGACAUUUAAUGGAAUUCGCUAUUAUAAUUCACUACCUAAUAUAACCAAAUUUAAGGAAGAACACUCUCUGGACAGAAGGAUUUCCAAAGAUACUGAUUUAGAGAAAAAUGGCAUCGUACCUCACAUUAAGUGGUCAAGACAAUCAAUCAAUGAUGAAAUUACUGAUUUAAAAUUACCCGUCAAAUUAAUUAUAAUUCAACAUACAGUAACACCAAAUUGUUCAACUUAUUCAUCAUGUGUUGAUAUAUGUAAAUCAAUACUAAACUAUCACACAGUUACAAAUCACUACUUAGAUAUUGGGUAUAAUUUCUUAAUUGGUGGUGAUGGUUUAAUAUAUGAAGGUCUUGGAUUCUAUAAAGAAGGAGCUCAUACAAUAACGUACAACAAAAAAAGUUUAGGCAUUGCUUUUAUUGGAAAUUUUGAGAAAUAUCCAGCAACACAAAAUCAAAUUGAAGCUGCUAAAAAUCUCUUUAAAUUAGCAGUAGAAUUGAAGGUUUUAGCAGAAGAUUAUAGAAUUUUAGCUGCUUCUGAUUUGACUGCGACCCUAAGUCCUGGAAAAUUUCUGAUUGAACAAUUAAAAGAUAUUCCAUCCUGGUCUAAAAUACCACCAUAGUAAAAAAUAUAAUCUGAUAAAAUAUAAUUAGACAUGAUAGCAAAUUUUUUAAUAAUAUUUAGGAAAAGCAAUAACUAACGAUAAACUUUAAUUGUACGAAUACUUACAAUGCCUCGCAAUCUCAAUAUAAUCAAUAUGUGAUAAAGUACGUUAAAAUUUUAAAUAAUACAGAGAGCCAAAAAAAUGUUCCAUUUGCAUUUAGGUCCUUCCAAAACCUGGGUAAAAAUAUCAAUAUACUUUUGGAGAUGUGUAGGGAACAAAUUUUAUUUAAUCUAUACAAAGAAAUUUUAACCACUUUGUACCUGUAUCUUUGUCUUUUUUUUUAACUUAAUCGGUUAUAAUGGCUGUGGUUAACAGUUGUUGUUACUACAUAAUUCAUCCUUUGUAUCAAACAAGAACAAAAAAUUAUUAGUUUUAAUUUUAUUAUUAAUAUUUUGUAAA